UCCAAAAAUGCCCAUGACCUCAAUAAACGAUCGGAAGCCUCUUCAUUCGGCCUCCCACUCAUACGAUCUACAAGCCCUAACCCUAGCGACACACAAGCAGAGCAGCUGCCAUCGUUUCCGGCGGCCCGCCGCCGAUCCUCUUCAGGUGAAAGAUUGAUUAAUUAUUGUUGACAUGGCAACCUUUGCCAAACCAGAGAAUGCUUUGAAGCGAGCCGAAGAGUUGAUUAAUGUUGGGCAGAAGCAAGAUGCUUUGCAGGCUCUUCGUGAUCUUAUCACUUCAAAGAGGUACAGGGCAUGGCAGAAACCACUUGAAAGGAUUAUGUUCAAGUAUGUGGAGCUCUGUGUUGAUCUGCAGAAGGGUAGGUUUGCCAAGGAUGGCCUUAUACAAUACCGCAUUGUUUGUCAACAAGUAAAUGUUACCUCUUUGGAGGAGGUAAUCAAGCACUUCAUGCAUCUGGCUACUGAGAGAGCUGAGCUGGCUCGUAGUCAGGCACAGGCCUUGGAAGAAGCUCUUGAUGUAGAUGAUCUGGAAGCAGAUAGAAGGCCUGAAGAUCUUAUGCUGAGUUAUGUUAGUGGAGAGAAGGGAAAGGAUAGGUCUGAUCGCGAGCUUGUUACCCCGUGGUUCAAGUUUUUGUGGGAGACUUAUAGAACGGUGUUGGAAAUAUUACGAAACAACUCAAAGUUAGAAGCAUUAUAUGCAAUGACAGCACACCGGGCGUUCCAAUUUUGCAAGCAAUACAAAAGAACAACAGAGUUUCGCAGGCUCUGUGAAAUCAUCAGGAAUCAUCUGGCAAACCUUAACAAAUAUAGAGACCAAAGGGAUCGACCUGAUCUGUCAGCACCUGAGAGCUUGCAACUUUAUCUGGAUACAAGAUUUGAGCAGCUAAAAAUUGCUACUGAACUCGAACUUUGGCAGGAAGCUUUUCGUUCUGUUGAAGAUAUUCAUGGACUGAUGUGCAUGGUUAAGAAGACCCCGAAGCCAUCCUUGUUGGUUGUUUAUUAUGCUAAGCUAACAGAAAUAUUUUGGAUUUCUUCCAGUCAUCUCUAUCAUGCUUAUGCAUGGUUUAAGCUUUUCUCACUUCAAAAAAGCUUUAAUAAGAAUUUAAGCCAGAAGGAUUUGCAAUUGAUAGCAUCAUCUGUUGUGUUGGCUGCACUGUCUGUACCUCCCUAUGAUCACAAAUAUGGUGCAUCUCAUUUGGAACUUGAAAAUGAAAAAGAGCGCAACUUGAGGAUGGCUAAUCUUAUAGGAUUCAAUCUUGACCCUAAACUUGAUAGCAGAGAAAUGCUUUCACGGUCAUCCCUCCUUGCUGAAUUGGUGUCCAAGGGUGUAAUGACAUGUGUGACUCAAGAAGUAAAAGAUCUUUACAACCUUUUGGAGCAUGAGUUUCUCCCUUUAGAUCUUGCUUCAAAAAUUCAACCAUUGUUAACCAAAAUAUCAAAAAUUGGAGGGAAGCUAUCUUCUGCGUCUUCUGUGCCAGAAGUCCAAUUGUCUCAAUAUGUCCGAUCUCUGGAGAAGCUUGUCACUCUCAGAUUGCUUCAUCAGGUGUCUCAAGUAUAUGAGACAAUGAAGAUUGAGAGUUUAUCUAGGAUGAUCCCGUUUUUUGGUUUCCCUGUUGUCGAGAAGAUUUCUGUGGAUGCUGUUAAACACAACUUUGUUGCUAUGAAAGUUGACCAUAUGAAGGGUGCUGUUCUAUUUAGUAAUUUGGGUCUUGAAUCUGAUGGGCUGCGGGAUCAUUUGACAACUCUUGCUGAAUCUUUAAAUAAAGCAAGGGCCAUGUUAUAUCCUCCUACGAAGAAGGCAUCAAAGUUAGGUGAUAUGCUGCCAAAUUUAGCAGAGACUGUGGAGAAGGAACAUAAGAGACUUCUUGCAAGGAAAUCAAUUAUUGAGAAACGCAAGGAAGAACAUGAGCGGCAACUUUUGGAAAUGGAACGCGAGGAGGAGUCAAAAAGGCUAAAACUACAGAAGAUAACAGAAGAGGCAGAACAGAAAAGGCUUGCAACUGAGUAUGAGCAAAGGAAGAAUCAAAGGAUCCUUAAGGAAAUCGAGGAACGGGAACUUGAAGAAGCUCAAGCUCUGCUUCAGGAAGCUGAAAAGCGUAAUAAGAAGAAAGGGAAAAAGCCAAUCAUAGAAGGAGAAAAAGUUACAAAGCAAACUUUGAUGGAGUUGGCUCUUACUGAGCAACUCAGGGAGAGGCAGGAAAUGGAGAAAAAAUUACAAAAACUAGCUAAAACAAUGGAUUAUCUGGAAAGAGCUAAAAGAGAAGAGGCAGCUCCUUUAAUAGAAGCUGCAUUCCAACAGCGGUUGGUGGAAGAGAAGGUACUUCAUGAACGCGAGCAACAGCAAGAAAUUGAGCUGAGUAGACAACGCCAUGAUGGAGAUCUCAGGGAGAAGAAUAGAUUAGCACGAAUGUUGGAAAACAAGACGAUUUUCCAAGAAAAAGUCAUGAGCCGCAGGCAAGCGGAACACAGUAGAUUGAGAAUGGAGAGAGAGGAGCGAAUCAGCCAGAUCAUUCAGAAACGGAAACAGGAGAGGGAGGCUAAGAGAAAGAUGUUGUUCUAUUUGAGGUCAGAGGAAGAAAGACUAGAGAAGGAGCGUGAAGAGGAGGAAGCUCGCAAGCGCGAAGAGGCUGAGAGACGGCGAAAAGAGGAAGCUGAGCGCAAGGCUAAGUUGGAUGAAAUAGCUGAGAAGCAGAGGCAGAAGGAGCGGGAAGCAGAAGAGAAGGAAAGGUUGAGGAGGGAAGCUCUUCUGGGGAGAUCAACUGAUGGGCCUCUGAAGCCCUCUGAGCAUCCUACUGGGGGGCAUCCACUGGAUGCUGGGGCUGCUGCACCUGCAGCAGCUGCUGCCGCUGCCCCUGCCGCUGCCGCCGCACCUUCCCUUGGAAAAUAUGUGCCUAAGUUCAGACGAGAGAGCUCAGGGCAGGCUCCACCUCCAGAACCUGAUAGGUGGGGCGGCAGCAGACAGGAUGAUCGUGAUCGGUGGCGCACUGAUGAUCGUAAAUCUGCUUUUGGUGGGGGUGGGGGCUCUAGGUCUUCCACUUGGUCAUCCUCCAGGUAUUCCCGUAGUUGAUUCUGGUGGGUCGUAAGGGUUGAUCACCUGAUCUUGGUUUGCCUUAAAAACUCUAGUAGUAUGAAACUGCGAGCAGUGUUUGUUCAUUUGUUGUUUUUUUGAGGGGGUCACACAAGUGUGAACAUGUCAUGGUGAAUGCGAGGAAUGUCUAUUUUAUUAAUUUUAGAAGAUGUAAGACUUUAUUUUGUUGAGUUAUAAGACCUGGCAAUAACUUUUUUC